AUGGACUCGGUUCACGGCCAGAGCCGUCGACAGCCUAUAUCUAAGUCUAAACAUAAACGUGACCCUGAGAGUGACCUUCGCUCUGGCAAGGACGUGAAAGCUGUGCUUUUACCCGAACAUUUGUCGGGACAUUCUACACUAAAAACACCUGCAGCUCAUCCAAACACAGGAAGACAUGAAGCUGGCAGGCACUUCAAACUGCAGACGGUUGUCUCACGACGUGGACAGUCUGAUGACAGCCACGUCACAGCAAAACUCAAACCAACAGAGGAACCAGCGGCAGGAAAACACAAGCAGAAAAAAGAAGAUGGAGUCCUAUCAAGGCAUGCCAACAACGAUAGCUCUAACAGCAAACAUGCUGCAGGAGACAGAAGUACAGCGUACGCUAAGAUCGAUGAUAAAGCGAAAGCAAGUAAGGUCAGCGAAAGUAAGUUACAUACGCAUAGAAUCAAAGAAGCUGUACACGACUCCAAAACCUCAGCAGAGACACCAACAAAUAAAAGACGGGCUAGAAGCGCAACAAGACCUCGAGACAUACACCCGGAUCCGGGGAAAUCCGAACCCUCCGCCAAUGAACACAAGUCAAAAGGCGAGAGCAGAGGGCACAGUAGAAGAUCUUCCAUACCUAAUAUACGGUUAUCAUUUGAGGAUAGUCAGACACAUGCAGAGACCUCCAAGGGGCCAGCAUCUGAAGGCACACACAAGCACCGCACGCUGGCCUUAUCGCAAGCUAGGCUGGCUUCUGACAAGGUAACGAUGGCUUUUUUAGAAACAGAAUCAGUGACAAGGCCGCGAGAAACAACACACAAAAACGACAAAGGAAAGCAUGCCAGAUCUCAUUCAGCAGUGCAGGACACUGUAUCUCAGGGCGAUGAGAAGACAUUGUCCACGAAGAAAGGGAAAACCCACACAAGACAUUUGGCCACCGAGAGGGCUGGCAGAGACACUGACUUACUGGAAGGGGAGACAGAGCAUCUCAAAUCUAUGCAGCAGUUCGAUUUAGAACAUCGACAACAGUCAAAUGAUCGGAACAGGAAACAAAAUUCUGUAGAAACUGAAAUAUCUAUAGAAGGAGUUGCUUUAGCCACGUCACCACCGCACACAUCUGUUAGUUCCGUUCGUAAAUCUUCUGUUUCGUUCAAACUAUUACAUUCACUAACAAGAUCGUCUGGAACAGCCCCGAACAUGCACCCGACACCGACACGGCAACGCAAGAAAUUCUCCAGAGGACACAUAGAUCAGGACCCACUGGAAGUAGACUACGAAAUUCUCGACGAUACAGUGACGAAUGUAGAACCCCGGAAGUUGAUAUCGAUUCUACAUGAGACCAAUCGGCAGGCGUCCAUUUCUAAAAGUCCGCAACCCUUGGCCGAAGAACAUCUACUAAAGCAGCAUCAGGAAUUUGAAAGAAAGCUCAGUGCUUACCCUGAGGAUUUACACGUCAACAAAUCAGCUCAGAGACCUUCUUCCAUACCUUUCAUGCAAACUUUCCCUAAAGCCAAACACCACCUCACAGAUCUCUACUCCCAAUCAAACGAGCCUAUACGAAUCACAACGUCAGCUUCAUCAGUCAGCGCUGCCCACAUUUCCCCUAACCAGCUGCAGACACCGGAUUCUCUACUGCCACCCAUACAUACAAUUUACAGUCAGUCGUCUUUGACUUCAUCAGACGCCCAAUCUGAAGUCUGCCUUGACCUUCCAGAUAUGUCAGAUCAGGUGGAAGGUGAUAUUCAUCUGCAUGGCACAGGGCGUGAUAGUCGUGACCGCGGGGUUACCGUUGGAUUUCCCAACGCUCCUUACAACAGAAUCCUGCAUUAUACUCAGAUUAGCCUGGCUGCAGUCAUACUUUCAGCCAUUUGUUUCUUUGUCAUAUCCUUCAUUCUUCUUUGGCCACUUCUCAUUCUGAUCAUAGUUGUUGUCCCCAUUGUGGUGCUAAUCAAACGUUUAUGUAGCUGGCUCUGCUGUUGUGGGACCUCAUUGUGUAGCCGCUGCUGUUUAUGUUGGUGCCACACCCACCUCACCAGCUCAGAGCUCAUGUGGCUAGGACAGGACAGGACAGGGGGUAGUGCGGUCGUUCAAAGUCUUCUAGUUCUCCAGAAAGGCCUGGACACAGACAGAAUCAGGCAUUUGAUCGACUCACGUCUGCUGUCAUUAGAGAACAGGCAGGGCCGUCGGAUCUACGAGAGAUUUACACAAAAA